AUGAGUUGUGGUCCAAGGCACACGGUCCUAACAGCUGGGAGAACCUCUGGUGGCAGCUGCAAUCUUGGUGGAGGAAGGGUGGGGGUGGCCUCGGUCUCCUCUGGACAGCAUCCUUCUUGUGGGAUGAACAAUGGGAGAACGAACUUCUCCAGCUGGAGCCAUGUUGGUGGAGGAGGAAGAAGCCAUUUUUCAACUGGCAGCUGCAGUGGGGCGUUUGUUGGUGGUGGACACAUAGGAGGAAGCGGUGGCUUUGGUGCUGGCUCCCAUGUCGGUAGUGUUGGUGGUGGUCAUGUAGGUAUGGUUUGUGGCAUGCCUGGUGGUGUAGCAGGUGGUGUUCCUGCUGGUAUGGUAGGUGGUCCUUGUGGUGUGGUAGGUGGUGUUCCUGCUGGUAUGGUAGGAGGCAUGGGCGGUGUGGUGGGUGGUGUUCCUGCUGGUAUGGUAGGAGGCCAUUGUGGUGUAGUUGGGGGUGUCCCUGCAGAAAUGGUAGGUGGUCCUCAUACUGUUGUUGGGGGUGUCCCUGCUGGCAUGGUAGGUGGCAUGGGUGGUGUAGUUGGAGGUGCCCCCGCAGGAAUGUUAGGUGGCCCGCAUACUGUUGUUGGGGGUGUCCCUGCUGGCAUGGUAGGUGGCAUGGGUGGUGUGGUCCGUGGCCCUGCAUUGAUUGGUGGCCUGGGAGGUGAGCAUGUCUGUGGAGGCAACUUUGAUGGGAAAAUGACAAUGCAGAACCUCAAUGAUCGCCUGGCCAGCUACCUGGACAAGGUCCGAUGCCUGGAGGAGGAAAAUGCUGAGCUUGAAUGCCGAAUUAGGGACUUUUAUGCCAAGCAAGGCCCUCUUUGUGAACCAAAGGACUAUACCCAUUACCACCAAAAAAUUGAAGAUCUUAAAAACCAGCUCAUUUGUACCGGUGUGGAGAACAACAAACUCCUUCUGUGCAUUGAUAACAGCAAGCUGACUGCGGAUGACUUCAGAACCAAGUUUGAGACGGAAUGCUGCCUUCGCCAGAAUGUGGAAGCUGACAUCAACGGCCUGCAUCACAUUCUGGAUCAGCUGACAGCCUGCAGGGCCAACCUGGAGGUUCAGUGCGAGAACCUGCAGGACGAGCUGUGUGGCCUGAAGAAGAACCACAAGGAGGAGGUCACCUGCCUGAAGAGCCAGUCCACUGGCGAUGUCAACGUGGAAGUCAAUGCCUCCCCUGGGCCAGACCUGAAGAAGAUCCUGGAAGAGAUGAGGUGCAAGUACGAGGCAAUGAUUGAAGGCAACCGCAGGGAGGUGGAAGCCUGGUAUGAAUCCAAGAUGGAAGAGGUGAAUCGUGAUGUCUGCACCAGCAGCCAGGAGAUCGAAGAGAGCAACAACAAGGUCACAGAGCUGAGACGCCAACUGCAAACCCUGGAGAUUGACUUCGAGGCCCAGUGCAGCCUGAGGGACACCCUGGAGGGCUCUCUGGGCGAGACGGAGCAGCGCUACAACAAGCACUUGGCCGAGCUCCAGGAGCGCAUCUCGUGCUUGGAGCAGCAGCUGGCUGAGCUGCGGGCGGAGAUGGAGUGCCAGAACCGCGACUACACCGAACUCCUCAAUGUCAAAAGCCGCCUGGAGCAGGAGAUCGCCACGUACCGCGGCUUGCUGGAGGGGGGGCAGCACGACAUCAUGUAA